GGGACGGGGCAGGUGGGAGCGGCCGCGGCCGAGGCGAACUUCACGCCCUGCUGGAAGAGCCUCUCCGCCCGGGCAGAGAUGGUGGCCGAGCGGCCCGGGGGCGAGGCGGCGCCCAAGGGCCCGAAGAGCCGCGCCAAGGCGCCCGACGAGUGGGAGCUGGAGAAGGCGGCGCCCGAGGGCGCGUCGCAGCCCCCAAGCGGCGGUGGCGGCCGGCCGGCUGCGCGGGCCUCUCGGGACUACCCGCAGAAGAACGCCGAGAUCCUGAGCAGCCAGUACGGCCUGAACCUCUUCCUGGCCGGCCUGGUGCUGAUGUUCGCCUGGGCGGUGCACGCCGCCGGCCUGGCCAAGAGCGCCGUCCUCGCCUACCUCGUCACCCUCAUGCUCCUGCAGCUCGUCUGGAUGGCCUGGUACGUGUGCCGCCGCUACACGCAGAAGAGGCUCAUCCAGGACAAGGACACCCACGCCGGCGCCCGCUGGCUCAAGUGUGGGAUUACUUUGUUUGCAAUGAUUACUUUAAUUAUGGACUCUUUCAAAAUUGGAUACUUUGUUGGAUAUUCAGACUGCUUAUCGAUCACAGAAGGCAUUUUCCCAGUAACACACGCCGUGCAUACGCUCGUACAGGUGUAUUUCUUAUGGUGCUACGCAAAGGACAUUAUCCAAUCUUUCAAAACGCUGGAGAGGUUUGGAGUGAUCCAUUCAGUGUUUACGAAUUUGCUUCUGUGGACAAAUGCAGUCUUAGCAGAAUCCAAGCAUCAACUUAACGAGCACAAAGAAAGGCUAAUUACUCUCGGGUUUGGAAACAUAUCAAUAGAACUAGAUGACCAUGCGCCACAGUGUAAUUGCACCACUGCGUCUCUCUGCUCUAUAUUUUCACAAGGAAUAUACUACUUAUACCCCUUCAACAUAGAGUAUCACAUCUUAGCAUCCACAGUGCUGUAUGUGCUCUGGAAGAAUAUCGGGCGCAACGUCGAACACCUGCAGCAUCACAAGAUACCAUUCAGAUUUCAAGGCAAAACCCUUGGCACCAUUUUGGGAAUGAUGGUGUUUGCCACCACAAUAGCCAUCGUGGUCGUGUAUUUGAUUCAGAUUGGGCGUACAAAGCUAAAGAGUGAAAUUGCACUUAUGAUGUUUUAUUUGUAUGCGAUCAUCGUCCUGACCCUCAUGUGCGCCGCUGGAAUUGUCGCUCUGGUGAUUUACAGGCUUGAAGAUCGAUCACUGGACGUUUCCAAAAACCCAGCCCGAAAACUUGACGGGGACCUUCUGGUUGGAACGGCUUCAGGAUCCUGGCUCCUUUCUUGGGGCUCCAUCCUGGCAAUUAUCUGUGCUGAAACCCACCCUUCAUACACAUGGUACAACCUGCCUUAUUCCAUACUCGUUAUCAUUGAGAAAUAUGUCCAGAAUCUUUUUAUAAUUGAAUCCAUACAUCGUGAGCAUGAAAAAAGUCACGACGACAUCAAAACGCUUCGAAUACUAACUGUGUCCAAUGGGAGCACUCUUUCCCCAGCGCCUUCUUACAAAGAGAUCUACAACGGGAUCAACGGCAUUCACAAUGGAGAUUUAUCAUACAAGUUCAAUGGCAGUGUUUGUCUCCCCGAGAGCAACGGAACUGGCUCGCCGGAUGAAGAAAAAAGUGAACCCUGCAAAGCGGAUGCCCCUUCCGCUUCUGGUUCCUCACGGUACAGAAGAAACUUCACGGUCAACAAGAGACGAAUCCUGAAGAAUGUGGCUGCAUUUCUGUUCCUGUGUAAUCUGUCGCUUUGGAUUCCACCAGCUUUUGGCUGCCGUCCCGAAUAUGACAACGGAUUGGAAGAAAUGGUUUUUGGAUUUGAGCCGUGGAUCAUCAUUGUUAACCUUGCGAUGCCCUUUUCCAUUUUCUAUCGGAUGCAUUCUGCUGCCUCACUCUUUGAGGUCAGUUGCAUAACAUGAACUUCACAGCCAUGGAACAGGACCGAUGGGGUGACAGAACGAAUUCUCAGUCAGCUGUUUGACCAAAGCAAUGUGUGCAGUUAUUGGAAUGAAUGAUUAAGAAAAAACAGAAUUUCAUAGAGUAGAGGACUUCAUACACACACUCAUAUUCUAGGGAAGCUUUUAAUACAUAGUUCCUAGGGAUGGAUGACUUGGGAUACAUCUGGACUUUCCUCUAGGAACCAUUUCACUACUGGAAGACAACCUGUGUUCUCAGUCUAAUUUUUUUCUCCAAGUUCCCAAAGUUUUGUAUGUUAAAACAAGGGGGGGGGUGGAUAUUGCACAACCCAGUCACAUCUAAGCACCAUUCACUGUCAAAGAUUACUGCGUGAGAAAGUUAAAUUACAUACAUCAGUGGGCCUUAAAAGCAGCCACGCCAUAGCCAUGAUCCAUAAAACUGUUGAACAAACAUUUUAUUUAAUAUUUGAUAUGUAGAAAAUCAGUGUUACGCUAACAUUUCACAAGGCAGGUGUAAUUUGACAGCUGAAUCUUAAAUGUCACAGCCUGUUUGCUAUGACCGACACACACACGUUCAUGACACCAUUGUGUUUUUGU